UGUCUAUUAAAUAUUCUGAACAGCUACACACUUCUCAUUGACAAAUUGGGCUUUACUGUAAAUAAUUAAAAAUAGCAGCAAAUUAUUUCUUAAUUGAAAAUAAUUUUUUCAGCUAAAUAGCCUAAAAAGAAGCCUAUUGAAGAAAUUAAUACCUGUGUCGAAAUGAAGAGACGCGUUAUUGUAAAAAAGCUCCAUACAGGGUAAAGUUUUUAUUAAAUGAUUUGGAGAGGUGCUUUUAAUACUAUUGCUCUUAACCUUAUAUCCCCAAUGUAUUUGUCAAUCAAAGCCUAAAGGUUACGCAUUACUACUUCCCUAAACGACUAACAACAAGUAAAUGUGUGUUAAUUGAUUUAAAACAAAUACUGUGUGCUCUAUAUAACCGCAUAUUGGAGUUAACACAACAAUGUUCGAAGAGAAGAAAAUUGUGAGCUGCAAUCCAAAACGCUCCAUUGACGAUGGUUCACCCACAAAAUAUACGUACGUCGGACGCAUGCUGGAACUAAUUGAAGGCUAUAACGUUGCCGUACAAAUUUUGUAUCCAAAGUUUCCAUGGUACAUAUUUCCAGGUCAUCUCAUCUAUGCAGUUUACAAACGCUACAUGAAAUACUAUAAGGGCAAAUAUCGUCUAGUGCCCAUACCGAAUGCUUUGUAUGAUAUGUUAAUAGACAAAGAGCUUAUAAAGUCCGAACACAUUGUAUUCGCAGCGCAAGAAGUUUAUGAUGAAUAUACAGAAUCCGCCGACGUAAAUUUUGUUAAUUUGGUUAUAACCGCAGAGGGCGGUUUACACAAUUCAUCCACUAACGGAAAGAGCAAAAGCUUAAUUCCUGCAUCCGACCAUGUUAUCAAACAAAUGCUUAAUUGUGCUCCACAUACAAUCGUUGCGCAAUUGUUACCCACUGCCAAUAGUCAAUCUAAUUGUAUUUUUGUACAAGAGAAUUUCUAUGCGAAUUUAAUGGAUCGUUUUCGUGUAACUAACGAUUAUAGCCGUCGCACACGCUUUUGGGCACAUUUAGAGCAUUUAAGUGAUGACCAAACAAUUCCUAGCAUUGCGACUAAGGCACAUAUCUAUUUGUUAAAUACUCCAUACGAUCUGCCUGCGGAAGUAUCUGAGUUAAUACUCAAUAAUUUCUUUAAUACGCCUCGUUUGCUGCAUCGUGGACACACGUAUCGUAUUGAGCUCAAUGCACAACUGGUUGGCACCGUUGCGUUUGCGCACUAUUACUUGAUUUUUGCAUAUUUGAAGCAUGUUUACUUCCGUUGUGCGCAUCUUGAGUUAAAAGGCAAUGAUUUUGAGAUGCAGGCCAUUAUUGCUAAAAACUUCACCAACCUAGUGCAAGUACCGCACACACAUCACUUUCUGCCGCGACAACUUAUGAACAAUAUUGCAAUCACGGAAAAUUAUCCCAUCGGUUUAAUGCGCACAUACCGGAUCCUGCGCGACUCAAUAGAUGCUUUUUUACCCAAAAAAUCAGCCUGUUUGUCAUCUAAGCACAUUUAUCCAAUAUUUCUUUUGCAAGGCGAGCGUGGCGCUGGUAAAACAAAACUGACAAAUGCGGUCGGGCAGGAGCUAGGUUUACAUGUAUUUGGCGUUGAUUGUGCGGAAAUAGUAUCACAAGUGCCUUCUCAUACAGAAAUGAAAUUGAAAACUGUUUUCGCCAAAGGCAGUAUUAGUGAACCACUGCUUAUAUGCUUCCAUAACUUUGAGAUAUUUGGUAUCGAUAAUGAAGGAAAUGAGGAUCUACGCUUGUUAUCUGCUUUUCAAGUUCAAGUCCAAGAACUUUUCACACACGAUCGCAAACAUCCAAUAGUUAUUGUAGCGCUGAUCAAUGAAAAGUUUCUCAAACCAAUGGUACAACGACUUUUCUUGGAGGUUAUACACUUAGAGACGCCAACUAAGGAAGAACGUUAUAAAAUACUGUGCUGGCUUCAUGCUCGUGAAGUCUUCAACGACAAGAUUUUCAAUCAAAAGGCGAUAGCGUCUUUGCCACUUUUCAGUUUAGAUCAAAGGGAUCGUUAUAUGACGCGAAUCUCACCAAAAUGGAUGGAAAUAAAAUCUAUUUUGCAAGAAGUUGCAGAGAAAUCACAGGGAUUCUUGCUGGGUGAUUUACAAAUGUUGUAUGAAAAUGCAAUCCGUGCACUAUGCUACAACCGAGAAUCUAAAUGCAAUUCCAAUCUCAAAUUCGCACACUUCUCCAAGCACCUUAUUGAAAUGCAAACCUCAUUUGCCGAUAGUCUUGGUGCACCCAAAGUACCGAAAGUCCUCUGGUCCGAUAUAGGAGGCCUCUCAAAACUUAAAGAUGAAAUUCAGAGUAGUAUUGGUUUGCCAUUGAAUCACAUGCAUUUAAUGGGCAAAAAUUUGAGGCGCUCGGGUAUACUUUUAUAUGGUCCACCAGGAACAGGCAAAACCUUGGUGGCGAAAGCUGUAGCGACGGAGUGCAACUUAAGUUUUCUGUCGGUGCAAGGACCAGAACUGUUAAAUAUGUAUGUUGGCCAGAGUGAACAAAACGUACGCGAGGUAUUUGCUCGCGCACGUUCAGCUGCACCGUGUGUACUAUUUUUGGACGAACUAGAUUCUUUAGCGCCUAAUCGAGGUGUAGCUGGAGAUUCGGGCGGUGUAAUGGAUCGAGUGGUGUCACAAUUGCUCGCUGAAAUGGAUGCUUUGGGCGAUGCAACAAAACCAGUUUUUAUCUUAGCUGCCACUAAUCGGCCAGAUCUUAUUGAUCCAGCUUUACUACGGCCCGGUCGCUUUGAUAAGCUAUUUUAUGUGGGGCCUUGUGCGACAACUGAUGACAAGGCAGCUGUUUUAAGUGCACAGACACAGCGCUUCCACUUGGCUAAGAACCUUAACCUGAAUGACAUUGCCGCAAAACUUAAAGGCGAUAUGUCUGGCGCUGAUCUAUACUCGAUAUGCUCGAAUGCUUGGCUAUCGGCAGUUAGACGUACUGUUGACAAGCAUCUGAGAGAUAAUACCUGUGAUGAGCGGCUAGUCGCCGAUAAUGUGCUUGUCGAAAUGGAAGAUUUCAACAAAUCUUUCAGUCAAUUCGUACCAUCCAUUAGCAAAAGUGAUCUGGAAUAUUUCAAUGAAUUGAAAUCGUCUUACAGUGUUUAGCUGUCGGACCAAUAUUUGGCAGUUGGAGAAUUAAAAACCAAAAGUUUCUAAAAAAAUUGUUAAGUUUUGAGAACACAGUUUGUUGCCGUUAAAUAUAAUAAUAAAAAUGCGUUUGCUUUCUUCGGAA